AUAGGCAUUGCUACUUUUACAUUUACUGGUCAGGCGGAUUUCCGUCAACCGUGUUGUGUUUUUCCAUAACAUCUUACAUUCAAACAUGUCAUUUAACAGGUUCAGGUGUAUUCGUUCUGCAGCAGCUAAUGGUGCCAAAGCACUGCAGUACCGUUCCUCAGCUAUAGGUCGGCGGUACAUAUCGGGGGAUGCUCCGAAAGUCCUCCCAGAUAUCGAGCCUUCACGACUUGAAGUCACUCGGACGAAUACACCUGGGGAGCUUCCUCCAUCUUCGCAGCUUCUGUUUGGACGAACAUUUACCGACCAUAUGAUAAGGGUUUCAUGGACUGAAGCUGAGGGCUGGAGUGUACCACGAAUCGAACCUUUUGGAACCAUCAACCUCAAUCCUAGUGCAACUGUUCUUCACUAUGCCCAGUCACUAUUUGAGGGAUUGAAAGCUUACCGCCAACCAAAUGGGACAAUAACUAUGUUCCGUCCUGACAUGAACAUGAAGCGUAUGAACAGCAGCGCCCAGCGUCUUGCAUUACCCACAUUCGACGGUGCUGCUCUUACAGAGGUAAUAAAAGAGCUAGUCCGGCUAGACAAAAACUGGAUACCCAAAGAGCCUGGACAUAGCUUGUACAUUAGGCCUGCCUUGAUUGGAACAAAUGGUCUCUUGGGUAUUCAGCCUCCCAGCGAAGCGCUUCUUUUCGUCAUUUGUAGUCCUGUGGGCCCAUACUACCCGAAAGGCUUCAAGCCGGUUCCUCUUUACGGUACAACAGAAUAUAUCAGAGCUGCGCCGGGAGGUACUGGUGCCUUCAAGUUAGCAGCAAACUAUGCCCCUGGUGUAGUCGCUCAAAAGUCAGCCGCACAGGCUGGUUACGUACAGAACCUAUGGUUGCACGGUCCUGAGCAUUACUUAACCGAGGUUGGCACUAUGAACUUGUUUAUCGUACUGAAAGGCAGCGACGGAGUUGUCGAGCUUGUCACUCCUCCACUUGACGGUAUGAUCCUUCCCGGUGUUACUCGUGACUCUGUACUUGCUCUUGCUCGGAACCAUGUUGCUGGAACCAAGCGGCUAGAUGGUUUGCCAGAGCAGAUCAAAAUCUCUGAGCGGCCCAUUACGAUGGCUGAGGUGAUCAGCGCCUCCAAGUCCGGACAGCUCGUGGAGCUCUUCGGUACAGGCACCGCAGCUGUAGUUUGUCCUGUCGAUAAGAUCGGAUACCUCGGUAGUGAUGUGCACAUUCCUACGGGCCCCGACGGCAUGGGACCUAUCUCUAAACCACUAUGGAAAGAGUUGGUUGGAAUACAGACUGGUGUUGUUGAGAGCGAGUGGAACGUCGUUGUCUAGAAGUAAGGUCUUCACCAGGAUAGUCUGCAAUAUCUAUCUAGUAUCAUGAUUCUCUGUUUUUGGAUAGGACCUUGGGUCAUGGUAAAUUAUGGAACGCUACAAUGUUACUGACCAUUUGCUAUACCAUCUUAUCUUUGAGGUGAAUAAUCCU